UGUAUUCGGAAACCGUCAGUCACUGCGCUGUGAUGAUGGUGUCGGCGUGUGUCGUUGAUCACAUUAAAACUGUUUUCCUCGUCAAAUCAUCAAAUGUGGUUCAAGUUUAUUCGUUGUGACUAUUAGUUUCUAAAUCUUGUUAUUUCUACGAUGCUAAACAAUGGCUUUUUCACAGCCACAUCCUUCCAGCAGUGUCACUGGCAGUGAGAAAAUGUGCGCUUUCGACUUCUGCCAAGAGUUCAACAAUCUGAAACUAUGCGGUCGUUGUAAAGGUACGUGGUACUGCAGUAGAGACCACCAGAAACAACACUGGAAAAUGCACAAGACGUCAUGCUGUAAGACGGGAAGCCAGCAACAACAUGAGACUACUGGUAAGAAAUGUAAGGAUGAGAAAACACUCAAAGUCAAACCAAGCAAGAUGGAGUGUUCGACUGAGAAGAGUGGAACUGGAAGCAAAUCCUGCAAGAAUGAACAAAAUACUGGUAGGGGUAGGCUGUCUUCAAGAGGGGGUGUCAUACCUAGUUCUGGAACCGAUGAUGUCAAACACACAGAAGACUCCCAAGGACAAGAGGAUAUUGCACAGUUUUCAGCAAACAUUCAAAGGGAACAUUUGUACACGCACACACUCACCCCUUGUAAAGGUGAAAAAGACGAUCAUAAAGGAACUGAACGGGAGAACAACUCUGAGCUUAGUAUGAACAUGAUGAACAACAAGGUCUUCAGUAAAGAACAAGAAAACUCCCUGUCAUGUAAAAAAACAGGUGGUGGAGGCUCCGAUAGUUCUCAUGCGGAAAGGAACACCAAUGCUCUGGUGCAUUAUGUCAGCGACCACAUGCGUAGAUUUGGCGUUUGCGUAGUGGAUAAGUUUCUACGACAGGAUCUUGGCGAUGCCAUAAUUGACGAGGUUAAGGCGUUACGAGAGAAUGGCAAGUUCCAGAGUGGACAGUUGGUUACUAGUCAGGAGUCGGGCUCUUCAAGUUGUAAGGACAUACGAGGGGAUAUGAUAGCAUGGUCGGAUGGCAGUACUCCACAGACCAAAAACAUUGGCGCCCUUAUUUCCAAAAUGGACUUGAUAAUUCAGCAGUGCAAGGAGCAACUCGAAGGGUUUAAAAACAUCAACGGAAGGACAGAGGUCUCCAUAUCUGUCCCGGUCACAUCAUCAUGCAAUGAUAGCGUGUUAUCCUGGCAGUGGCACCCACUAUAUCAAGCAUGUGGACAAUCCAAACGAAGAUGGGCGAUGUGUCACCUGCAUUUAUUAUCUCAACAAAGGCUGGGAUUCAGAG